CAAACCCCCCACUCAUAAUUUUGCUGCUGCGCGCACAGUGCUUUGUGCAUGAGAGCAAUGGCUGCUUCCUGAGUACCGAUCAACCAUACAGACAUGCUGAUGGUGCUGCAGAAUCUGAUGAUUCACGCCGCCGCGCCUGCUAUUCUCUUAUCACCGGCACCGUCGUCAAUUCAUCCGACACUCCUUUGCAGCACCGCAACUCCUCCUAGGCAUUUACGCAAACACCUUCCAAACAAGCGGCGCAAGUGGCCGGACACCCGCCCUCAGACACCGUCCUCCGAUCCACUCAAUCUCAAGUCCCUCACCUCCCGCGUCGUGAAGCUCACUCGCCGCCGACAACUUGCUCAGAUAUUUGAGGAAAUAGAGGUUGCGAAGAAGCAAAAUGGGAAUCUCAAUGUUAUCGUGAUGAAUGCUGUUAUGCAUGCUUGUGUUCAUUGCCAUGAUAUUGAAUCAGCUCUUAGAGUGUUCGAUGAAAUGUCAAAGCCAGAUGGCUGUGGGGUUGAUGAUGUUACCUAUGCAACACUUUUGAAGGGCUUGGGUGAUGCUCGGAGAAUCAACGAAGCUUUUCAACUGCUUGAGUCUGUCGAACAAGGUACGGCAGUUGGUAAUCCACAAUUGUCUGCAGUGCUGAUCAGCGGUCUUCUGAAUGCUUUAACUGAAUCAGGGGAUCUCCUCCGUGCUAAUGGACUUCUUGCAAGAUAUGGUAAUGCGAUUCAAGAAGGUGGAAAUCCAUCAAUUUUGAUUUUCAACUUGUUGAUGAAGGGAUAUAUAACUUCCGGUAGUCCUCAAGCAGCAUUAGGCGUACAUGAUGACAUACUGAGACAUGGGCUGAAUCCUGAUAGGCUCAGCUACAAUACACUAAUUUUCGCAUGUAUCAAGAACGAAAACUUAGACAUGGCAAUGCAAUUUUUUGAGCAAAUGAAGGAGAAAGCACAGAAAAAUGACCAAUGUGAUGUUUCCCCUGAUCUUGUUACUUACACUACAUUACUACAGGGGUUUGGGCGUGCCAAGGAUAUCUUUUCAGUUGAAAAGAUCUUGACAGAAAUGAAAUCAUGCAGCAAAAUGCGAAUUGAUCGUGUUGCAUACACUGCAAUUAUUGAUGCACUGCUAAACUGUGGAUCAACCAAAGGCGCUCUCUGUGUUUUUGGAGAGUUAAUAAAAAAAGCUAAGGUGAACCCUGUAUUGAGGCCAAAGCCUCACCUCUUUCUGUCGAUGAUGCGUGCAUUUGCUGAUAGGGGAGAUUAUGACAUGGUCAGUAGAUUCCGUAAACGCAUGUGGUUUGACUCAGCAGGAACAAUUACCUCUCCAAUGCAGGCAGAAUCUGAUCAUCUGUUAAUGGAGGCAGCUUUAAAUCAAGGCCAGGUUGAGUUGGCUUUAAAAAAACUUAAGAAGGUUAUGCGCAAAUGGAGAGAAAUAUCAUGGACUAGUCGAGGCGGCAUGGUCGCAUUACGACUUGAGGCAAUAACCGGUUUUAAGACAUCGAUGUUAAGUCCUCGUGUACUUCCUCAGGUGUCACUUAAAGAUACAAUUGAGCAGAUAAUGCUACCAUUUGAUAAAGCUUCGCCACUUCAAGCUACUUUGCAGUUGAAGCAAGUGGUUAUGCGUUUGUUUAAGGAUUCUGCUGUGCCAAUCAUAGACGAGCAGGGAUGCUGUGUGGGGAUACUUCACCGAGAAGACUGUAAUAUGCUAGAUGCCCCAAUCGGAACACUUAUGAGAAGUCCACCACCUUUUGUUACAAGCUCAACAUCAGUUGGCUCUGUCAUUGAUCUUAUGUUAGAGAAGAGGUACAAAAUGGUAGUAAUUGUCAAAUAUGGCGACUUUAAUGGAACAUCUUCUUCCUCAAGUUUAAAGGCUGUCGGAGUUUUUACCUUUGAAGAAAUGUAUAAGCUUACCGAAACUUCAUCAGAGGUGGGGACCGAUGAACAAUUUUGCCUGUCCGAAAGCAAUACAAAUAUUUAAGAUUUGAAUUCGGCUAAAGAUUUCGGUAAGUAUCACAUUUAUAUUGGU